AGUGUUAGAAACCCCCUCCGUCUGAGUUUCUCUCUCGUCUUUGCUACCUUUCGCUUUUCAAUCCUCCGCCACUCUCUGUUUAUUUCUUUCAUCCAAUCCGAUGGCCCCAAAGAAGGAAAAAGCUCCUCCUCCGUCUUCCAAGCCAGCCAAAUCUGGCUGUGGAAAAUAAAAGAAGAAGAAGUGGAGCAAGGGAAAGCAGAAGGAGAAGGUGAACAACAUGGUGUUGUUUGACAAGGGUACCUACGACAAGCUCCCAAAAAGAAAUCUGAUCCUUAUUAGCCUGGUACUUACCUGGAGAUUAUACCGUUUUCGAUGGAAGAUCUUCAAUCGACAAUUCCUUCAAUGGUUGACGUCCUGAAACCAGUUCAAAGAAAGAUCCUUUUUUGUUCUUUUUUCAAGGAGAUCAUUGACAGACACUAUCUGUUCAAAAUUUAUGCUGCUAUGUACUUGUACAUUAUCGGAAGAGGAUUACCGGUACCAUUAUUGGCAUGGCACAGGAUUUUGUAGGAAGCAACAACAUAAGCCGCCUUCUACCAAUUGGCCAAUUUGGAACUCGUUACCUAGGUGGCAAAGAUCCCGGUGAAGCAUUUAUAAUAAAUACUCGGCUGUCUCCCAUCACACGGACCCUCUUCCCCAAAGAGGAUAAUCUUCUGCUAGACGGACAAUCGAUUGAAACUACUGGGUACAUACCAAUUAUACGAAUGGUUCUAGUCAAUGGAAGCCGAGUCACCCGGGCCAGAUUGAGGUCUAAGAUCCCAAAUUAUAAUCCAUGGGACAUUGUUUCAAAUGUUAGGCGUUUACUGAAUGAUGAGCCAAUGGAGCCAUGGUACAAAGGAUUUGGAGGAACCAUUGAGAAAUUGGUUACAAAGAAAGCGGGGGUUAUCUACAUUGUGAGUGGAAAAAUCGACCAAGUCGAUGACGAAACACUUCGGAUCACAGAGCUACCAAUCGGUGUAUGGACUCGAGAUUAUAUAAAAUUUCUCAAAUCCAAUAUGACAGGAAGUGAUCCAUUCAUCAAGGAUUACAGACGGUACGGUAGUACCAGAACUGCACAGUUUGAAGUCCGAUUAUCUCAGGGGAACAUGCUCAUGGCCAAGCAAGAGGGUUUGCUUAAGAAAUUUAAUCUUACUAAUGUGAUCACCACAAGUGACAUGCGCCUGCUCGACCCAAAAGGCAAUCUCAAGAAAUAUGACACCCCAGAACAAAUUCUUGAGGACUUCUAUCCUAUAAGACUAGAUUUCUACGCGAAAAGAAAGGAGUCUAUGUUGGAAAAUCUUGAAAUGGAAUUGUUGGAAUUGGACAACAAAAGUAGGUGCACGAGUGGGGUUGCCAAAGGAGACGUUGUAUUGAACAGGAACCGCGCUGAUCUGUUAGCGUCGUUGCCAGAGAAACGCUUUGCAAGUGGGGAAACAAAAACUCCUGAAGAAGCAGUUUCUGCAGAAGGUUAUGGAUCAUUGCCAAUGAAGGUCUUUAGUGAUGAGGUGUUUAACAAUGAGUUAGUUGCUGCUACGGAUAAUAGGCGUGCUAAGGAUAAACUUAAGAAACGGCUUGAUGAUAUGAAAAAUGCAACUCCAAAGUCUUUGUGGAAGGAAGAUCCGGACGAACUUGAGAUAUUAUUGUUAAAAUAUGUUCCCGAGGGUGUGAAGCCUAGGGAAGGUCCAAAAGAAGGCUCUGAUAGAGGUAGCAGCAGCAGCAUGCCCGCAACAAUAAAAUAGGGCGCCGGAAGGCUAUCCAAGUUCAGAGCUCUCAGAAUGAUUAUGCUGCUGACGACUACUGCAAAAUUACAAAUAGUAAUAAUAAUGGAGAUGAUGAUAAAUUAUUCAAAUUAGUACUGUACAUAAAAACAAUUACUAUAUUCUUACAAUAAUUGCCUUUUUUCUAGUA